AUGAAAUUUGAUACCCAUAUCCACCCGAAGACACCAGCCAUGUCACUAGAUGCGGCUGGGCUUAUCGCCCUUGCUGACCUCACGACGGUCCAAGAGCGAACCGCGUUAACUGGGACCUCGUCGCUUCUGGACCUGCUCGUGCUAGUACCGGGCAUCCACCUUCAGCAAAGGGCCACCGAUCUCCAUAAUGGCGAGUACCCGGCACGUGGUGCGCUAACAACGGGUUAUGUGUUUCGAGUAGAGAACCCGGCCACGGUGUACUACCUCCAGAAAGUGGGGCGCACAGGCCACCUCACCACCCUCAAGGUUACCAAGCUCGACGACCACAAGCAAUGGUGGGCGAAGAUGGCAUCGAAGGUUGUUCCAUUACAUAACCUGAAUUUUGUCUCUGGAGCUGCGUACUUCAUGGCCGUGAGUUGGGGCAUCGUGGCUAUCAUCCUUAUGGCUCUAGCUCGAGAUUGGUGGGGAAUCGCCGUGGUCGGAAUUCUCAUUGGAGCCCGGGCCAUUAACGCCUUCGUGAUAUCACGAAGGAGCAAUCCCGGGUGGUUUGGGCGGUCGGAAGGCAACGAAAAUGGAGAUUUGUUAAUCCUUCUUAGUCAGGACAGAUGGAUAAGGAUGAAGGGCUUGGUUGACCACCUUAAAGCUGUGACAUCUGGCCAGUGGCUCAGAGACGAAUCAACUUUUGAGAGCCGAGUUACGGCAAUAGCUACGGUUACCGUUUAUCUUGCAGCCGCCUUAGCGAGUAACAUCCAUCAGUUUGGGAAGAUAUUGCUUUUGGCUCUUUUGAUCGGGUCGGUUGGAUUGCUAGCGAUUGCGAAUACCUCGACGGACGAACUACAGAUGCAUGGCCACCUGGUCAAGGUAGCUGCGCAGCCUAAAGCGUAUAAACGACGACUAGAUCUUGCAAACGACCUGAUUACAGAAACAGGGCGGGACGACUGGGCGGUUCGCAUGGGAAUGAUUGUUAAGAAUGUUCCUUCUACAGACACAGAAAGAGCUGGAAAGGUAGUCAUGUAG